AUGCGAAUAGGUCGCUAUCUUCUAACUCAAAUACUUAGAAUGAAUAACGCCACUAGUUCUACAGUCCCCACGACUGUUUUCAAGUUUCAACCGCCUGUCAACAGAAACAUGCAUGCACUGGAUAGAUCUUUCUUCGUUACGAAGGUGCCUAUGGUUGUAGUGCACUUCCCAGAUCCCAAAAAUAUUAGUGCCUUCUCGGCCAAAUUUAAAGAAGAAGUGCUGAAGCUGCCUCGGAUAUCGAGAGUUGUGAAACUAGAAGACAAGCAUGCUAAAGGCGAGGAACCACCGCUAAAAAAGUCCAACUUAAACAAUGACAAUCAUCUCAGGAAGGGCGUGUUGCUUAAGGACUCCGUGACGCAGGUGGACCAAGUGCCAGAGAUGGUUUCUGCCGAUGCGCUGCAGUUUAUGAAAGACAACCAAGCCAUCGUGGAGCCGUACGAAUGUGUGCUGGACUACUCGUUCUGGAAAACAGAUGAAAUUUUCCGGGCUAUCUUACCAGAGGGAUUUCUGGAAGAAGUUCCUUCCGGAUUCACAGCAACAGGUCACAUCGCUCACAUCAAUUUGAGAAAUGAGUUUAAGCCAUACGGGCCGCUCAUUGGGCAAGUUAUCCUCGACAAAAACAGCAAGAUUGAGACCGUAGUGGACAAAGUCGAUUCCAUUGCUACUAAGUUCAGAACGUUCCACAUGCAGGUACUUGCAGGAAAAAACGACUUGGUCGUGGAACAACGCGAAUCCAAUUGUAAGUUCAAGUUCGAUUUUAGUAAAGUGUACUGGAAUUCGAGGCUCCAUACCGAACAUGACCGGUUGAUCAAAAAAUUCCAACCGGGACAAUGCGUCGGCGAUGUGUUCGCCGGAGUUGGACCUUUUGCCGUGCCAGCGGGUAAGAAAAAAGUCAUAGUUCUUGCCAAUGACUUGAAUCCUGAGAGCUACAAGUACAUGGUAGACAACAUAGAAGAAAACAAGGUUGGGUCUUUUGUAAAGCCCUCGAACUUGGACGGUCGUGAGUUCAUAAGAGAGAGCCCACGUCUGUUGGCAGAAUGGUUUAGGAAAAACGGUGGACAGGUCAUUAUUCCGGGCGGAAAAAGAUACAAAGACCAAAAAACCGGAGAAACCAAGAGAACCGAGUCCCAGACAAUACCCAUUCCGCAGUUCUAUCAUCACUACGUUAUGAAUUUGCCUGACAGCGCGCUGACGUUUUUGGACGAAUUUGUGGGUCUAUAUUCGCGGUUCCCAGAUGUGAUUGAAAACGUGAAAAAGCUGCCAGACUUCGAUGCGCCCUGGAUCCAUUGCCACUGUUUCGAGAAAUACGAUGCUGAAGAGAGACCGGAGCCCACUAUGAGCGAUUUGCAUCGGAGACUGCACGCGAGAGUCAAACAGAUCAUGAAAGUGGACGACACGGUACUGCCGUUCGAGCAGCUGCAGUUCCAUCUCGUGCGGAAAGUGGCCCCCACAAAACCCAUGUUCUGCGUGAGCUUCAAGCUCCCCGACGAGCUGUUGUGA